AUGGAUGUGCCCAUAUUCUUAAGUGAUCAAUACCGAACGUCGAUACUCAAUAAUCGGGACAAAUUCUAUAUUAGACUCCCUCCUGCAACUAUAUUUUCAUUCCCACUAACUAGCACAUUUUAUAGGAUACAAUGUCUGAGAUUCAUGGAAUCUCGUUUUACCCCUGGAAGCGUUCCAUAUCGAAUUUUGAAUGAGAUCAAGAAGGAUGACAUCGACCCGGCACAAUUAAGCCUAUCAAGCACAAUUUUAAUCGCAACGAAGCUACUAAAACAGCGUUACAAUGAUUAUGGAUUUGGUGGCUUAUACCAGGGAUUCUUCGCAAAGGCCAUGCAUACCAUAGUUAGGGACCUUUUAGUGUUCAUAUUGUCAAAACUGCCUUCUAUUAGCAUGCCUGUGGUAACCGAUUUUACAAGUCCCGCAGCUACAGACAAUGAUAUAAUUAAGAGUGGACUACGAUGGAUUAGACGUAACAAAAAACAUUUAAAUGAGUUAUUUCUCACACUAUUUUCGGAGGUUGCAACAUAUCCAUUGCUUUUAUGCAGUACCAGACUGAUAAUUUACGAUGGAAACCAGCCGCUAUCAAUGUGGCAAAUGUUGCAAAUGACAUACGAUUAUGAAGGAUUUUGGGCUCUAUAUAAGGGUAUAAUUCCACAUCUAUUCUGUACAAUAACUACAUAUCUCAGGAAUCCACAAUAUCAUUCAUCGGUCAUGGCACACAAUACAAAUAUCACCAUGGAUAUAUUCAACAUGUUAAUGAGCAUUUCCAAUUCGCACAUAAUGCAACUAUCCACGACACAGCGUUGCUUCUCUCCGAUUAAAGGAUUAUGUACUCACACGGAUACCCUGGAUCUCAUUAGGAGCAUUGGGUGGAAGGGGGUGGCCUUACAGCUAUGCUUGGGAUCAUUUCUAAUAGGCACUAAGGAAUAUACUACUAGCUUGCUGUUGUAA